UUGGAGGAUAUUUUUAACGUAAAUGAGACAUUGUGUGAAACUCAUGAACUGCUUGGAUGCCAGUGUGACGGAACGGGAUUACUGCCAGCUGAGAUGGAAGAAGCGCAAGAAGAUGAGGAUACUAACAUCGAUGUUGACAAAAGUGAACCUGAAGCUAACGUCAAAAAUGACAGUUCCAGUGAUGACAAACAGGAUGAUGAUUGUGCAUCGACAGUGCAAGAUGAGCCAGCCACAAUGGCCGAAUUGUUUCGUUGGCGUCACUACUCACCUAGUCAUCCAGAAGCAUGGAAGUAUUUCAAGUCUAUUGCCGGCUUUGAUAACAUUCCUCUCAACGAUCUCAUUUUUGCAUUUCACUUAUCAAGCAAAUUCUAAGUUAUCAUUAUCCCAUAUUUAUGUCCUGUUUUCACUGUGACA